AUGCAAUCACCCAUGCUCCGCACGGCCUCGCGCCACCUUCAAUCAGCAACCCGCCGCUGUCAGACUCCCACGUCGGUGCGGGGGUUCGCGACUGCGUUCAAUUGGGAAGAUCCGUUAGCGGCGUCGGAACUGUACACGGCGGAGGAAUUGGCGAUCCAAGACACGGCCAGACAGUACUGCCAGGAACGCCUGCUCCCGCGAGUCCUCGAUGCCUACCGCCACGAGAACUACGACCGCAAGAUCCUGGAGGAGAUGGGCGAAUUGGGUCUGCUGGGUGCCAGCAUCGACGGGUACGGUUGCGCCGGGGCCAGCACCGUCGCGUCCGGGUUGAUCACCAAGGAAGUCGAGCGCGUUGACUCAGGCUAUCGAUCGGGCAUGUCGGUGCAAAGCUCGCUGGCGAUGACGGCCAUCCAUGAUUUCGGCACGCAGGAGCUCAAGGACCGUCUGCUGCCGGGACUGGCCAAGGGCAAGCUCGCGGGCUGCUUCGGGCUGACCGAACCCAACCACGGCUCGGACCCGGGGUCCAUGGAGACGGUUGCACGCGAACAUCCCACGAAGAAGGGCGUCUACCUCCUAUCGGGCUCCAAGACCUGGAUCACCAACUCCCCCAUCUCCGACGUCCUCAUCAUCUGGGCCAAGCUGGAGUCCACGGGGAAGAUCCGCGGCUUCGUCGUUGAGCGCGACCAGUGUCCCUCGGGUACUCUGGAGACGCCCGCCAUCAAGAACAAGUCGGCCCUGCGGGCCUCCAUCACCGGCAUGAUCCAAUUGGACGACUGCCCCGUGCCUGCGGAGAACAUGUUCCCCGAGGUGCAGGGGCUGACGGGCCCGUUCACCUGUCUCAACAGCGCGCGGCUGGGCAUCGCCUUCGGGGCCAUGGGCGCCCUCGAGGACUGUCUCAGCCGGGCGCGCACCUACGCUCUCGAGCGGAAGCAGUUCAAGGGCAACCCGCUGGCCAAGUACCAGCUGAUCCAGAAGAAGCUGGCCGAUGCCGCUACGGACGCGGCGUACGGAACCCUCGCCGCUACGCAGGUCGCGCGGCUCAAGGACGAGGGCAAAUCUACGCCGGAGAUGAUCUCGAUGGUCAAGCGACAGAACUGUGACCGGGCGCUAACGAAUUCCCGCAUCCUGCAGGAGAUCUUCGGCGGGAAUGCCACCUCCGACGAGUACGGAAUUGCGCGACAUGCGGCGAAUCUGUUUGUCGUGCAAACGUACGAGGGCCAGAGCGAUAUUCACGCGUUGAUCCUGGGACGCGCCAUUACCGGGGUCCAGGCGUUUGUCUAG